AAUCUGUAUCUUUAUUAUUCUGACUCUUUCUAUACAUUUCGUUAUAUGACAUAUAUUAAUAUAUUCAUGGGUAUAAAAGGAUUUAUUGGUUUAAGCGUGUACCGUAUGCAUAUUUAAUCUUCAUUAUAGUCCUUCUGCCACUGUGUUCCAUGGUGGUCAUUCAAAAUUGCACCAAAUUUUGCUGGUAAGAAGGAAAAUGGAGAAAGCCAAAUGCCCAGUCCAUUUGUAGGGGGCUUCUCCAAUAUGUUAUGGCAGUGUACCAAUGGAGUGCAUAAUCAUAUUCAUAUAUACAUGCAUGUAUGCGUACACACACACACCCACACAACAAACGCACACCACACACAACAAACGCACAACACACACACACUCUAGUACAUGUGCACAAAGCCCACAUGCAUGCACUGGCACGCGUUUAACGUUUAGGACAUUUAACACGCGUUCUGGUGAAUGCUCAGACACACUCAUUUCGCAGCUCACUGUUCUCGCCCGCUGUGUGUUUACACUGGAGUUUGUGCAGGAAGUGACAUCAUACACGUCCACAGUUUGACAGUGUGUUAGCCGCUCGGUGGCCCUUGCGUGCCGGGUCGGUUAGCCUGGCCAAAGGAGUGCAGUUCACCAGGCGUCCAUUUCGGGGCAGCAGCAGCAGCCGAUCGGUGAGGGCGAGUUCAAGGUCCACGUGGCGAUCGAAAGCGGAAAACGGCUCUGCGGAACGCCGCCCGUGAGAUUCUGAGCGGCGUCUAGCGGCCCCGCGUCCCAGGAGCGCCCGUCACAGCCCGCGGUCCUUAUGCAAAACUCCUUCUUGGUGCAAUGAAACAGUCAGGAUGCACUGUUUAUAAAGAUCGUCAUUUUUCGUGUGAAGACUGUGAUGGAAUUGUCAGUGGUGGUUUCGAUGCAACAUCAUCCCAGAUUGUGUUGUGCCAGAAUAACAUUCACCAGCAGUCCCACAUGAACAGGGUAGUCACCCAUGAACUUAUCCACGCCUUUGACCACUGCAGAGCACAUGUUGACUGGUUUAAUAAUUUCAAGCACUUGGCCUGUUCAGAGAUUCGAGCCGCCAACCUCAGUGGAGACUGUUCCUUCGGCAACGAAGCGGCCAGGUUUAACUUCGGCCUCAAGCAGCAUCACCAGGCCUGCGUGAGGGACCGGGCCUUGCGCUCCAUCCUGGCCGUGCGGAAGGUCACCCAAGAGGAGGCGGAGAAGGUGGUGGACGAGGUUUUCGACAGCUGCUUCAACGACCACGCCCCCUUCGGCAGAAUCCCGCACAGCAAAAAGGACGCGAACUUCGCGUACAGGGAAUUCCAGAACCGGGACCGGUACUUUGCCAACCUAUGAGGGAGAAAUUUUAUAUGCACACGCGCGCGUUUCAAAGGUGCUAUCUGCAACAAACAUUUCAGAACUCAUUGUGGUGUGGAGGACCUCCACCACAACAUCCAUCCACACUUCUACGUGCUAAAUGUGUCUAAAACGAACAUUCUCAGGGGAGGGGAAAACAGUACAUUAUCAUGUGAUACACCUGCUGAAGAGAAUUUGUCAUUUUUAUUUGCAAACAGUUUAAAUGUAAUAAAACUGAGAAGAAAUACAUUUUAAUGGCAUAAUUAUUGUAAGAAGGGCCACGUUUUUCAGUUAACUUAUCUUGGAUUUUGUAUCGCGUUUGUCUCACUGCAUGAAAUUUCAUAAAGCCCUGUCUUGAAGAAUCAUUGGCUACUUGAUUGAAAUUAGGUCCUGUAAUUCAGGAAAAUUACAUUUUCAAGGGAGCACAGUAACUCUGGAAUGUUUGAGUCCGUGGACUCAUGCCCAUAUAUUAAUAAGGACUAAAUGUUCCAUGUAAAUAUACUUGAUUAUACCAAAAUGGUGUGGUUUACGGUGGGAUAGAUUUUUUUGAAUAAAUGUUCUGUAUGAUCUUA